AUGGCUGCGGGCGCGCCGCUGCUGCUGCUGCUGCUGCCGCCGCUGCUGUGCGGCUGCGGGGCCGCUCCCGAACCGCCCGAGCCGCCCGAGCCGCCCGAACCGCCCGAGCACGGGCCGCCCGCGCUGCCCGAGUCGGCGCUGCUGCAGCCCACCGUGCUGCUCGCCAUCCUCGCCCGCAACGCCGCGCACACGCUGCCGCACGUCCUGGGCUGCAUCGAGAGGCUCAGCUACCCCAAGAGCCGCAUCGCGCUCUGGGCAGCCACCGACCACAACAUGGACAACACCACAGCAAUCCUCAGGGAAUGGCUGAAGAACGUGCAGCACCUGUACCACGAUGUGGAGUGGAGGCCCAUGGAGGAACCCCCGUGA